AUGUUGCUGGUGUUGACGGUGACAAUUGUGCGACACCAGCCCGGCUGGCAAACCUCCCAACCCGCGCCGAAACCCAACAAGGACAAGCCGGCAGCUCCUCGUGUGACUGCGGUGAACCCAGUGCCUGGCCAAGAAGAAGACAAGCCAGCCUCCGUGGACGUUCCCAAUCCUGUGCCGAGUGCAAGCUGCGAUGGCGUGGAAGAUGAUGGCACCAAGGCUGGGAUUGUGAAGAUUCGUACCUACGGAUUGGAGAAGACGGAGUCCCGUCCCCGUGGUGUUGACGUGUCCUUCGACAACAAGAUCUUUGUCACCGACAGCGUGAAACGCCUUGUGCAGGUGUACAACAUGCGUGGCGUUCACCUCUGCCAGUUCCCGACGGUUCUGCCGGGCGGCGCCGAGAUCAAGCCGUGGGACGUGUCGCUCACCGGAGACGGCCACAUGUGGGUGGUGGGUACGGACGACCGCCACUACGAGCACGUCGUGCAGUAUGGAAGGGACGGCCGCCCAACCGCCAGAUUCAGCAUCGGCAACACCCUCUACAUCAAUGGCAUCGCUGCAGACCCCAGCAACAACCGUGUGAUCGUGACCCACUCCGACGGCUACGACGGGCAGCUGAACGUCUACCACCCUGACGGAAGCCUCCUGGUCAGCCUCGGCGAGGAGCAGAGGAUGUCGGCACCGCUCUUCGUCGCCGUCGGCAACGAGGGAACCAUCGUGGCGUCUGACGUGCGCACCUACAACAUCUACGCCUACGCGGAGACCGGGCAGUUCCUCUUCAAGGUCGGCGGGUUCGGCAGCGGCGAGGGCACCAUGUACCGUCCCAAGGGCGUCUGCGUGACCAAGUCUGGUGACAUCGUGGUGGCCGACUCCGACAACCAGCGCCUGGUGGUGUUCACGAGCCGCGGGGAGUACCGCCGCCAGAUCACCACCGGGAUGAGCGACAUGCAGGGGGUCGCCGCCGGGCCUGACGGACAGAUCGUGGUGGUGGACCGCAACGAGCGAACUGUCACCAUCUUCCCCCGGUACUGA